CCACUAGCUCAACAGCUCGAUAAAACUAAGAAAAACUCCAUUCCGAGCUUUUCACAAAACUGGAUCAGAGCAGAAUCAAAGGAGAAAAAAAAGAAAAAUCGGCAUACACACCCUAGACUGGAACUUCGCUUGUUUUUCAAGAGGAUUUUAAAAUGGUUACAGUGAGGGAGUGGUUAUGGGCCUGUGGUUAUGGCUGUAACCUUAUUAUUCAUUUUUGUUGCAACUCAACUGAUUGCACAAAAAGGAAUUCUUCCUACUCUUUUGGUGCGGGUGCAUUCUCAUUUGCAAAAGUUGGUAAUCUUGCCUGGCUGUGCUGGAGAUACUGUUUCAAUGCUGCACUAUCCUCCAUACAUUGCGGAUGGCUAGUGAGAUGGGGGAUAUAUUUUAUCUUUAGCCCGAAAACACUGGCACUUUCUUCAAAACCACAGCAGACAACCAACACUUUGUUUGUUUUCAACAGUCUCACUGGCCUUAUCUCAGGCAUUUGGACCAACCCCAACGCAUGCCUAAUAGAGAAACUCCGAAGCAGCCUUUCUAAUAUCUUUUGGACGCUUUGUAGCAUUGUUAACACACUUGAGCACAAUUGCAGUAUAUAUCCAAUCGUUAAAUAAUUAAUUUGUAAUCAAAAGCAGUAAUUAUCUACUAAU